CGAGUCGCGGCUAAUGGCGGGUCGUCCGUCUCCUUCGCUUCGUUCUUCGGCCGCUGCGCAUCGGGUUCCCUCCUCGCUCCCGGAUUCCUCCUCCGUUCCAGUUCGUUCCGGACGGCCGUCGUGCCACGCCUUUGGCGUUCCUGCCGGGAAAUCCUCGCCACAUCUCGCGCAAUAUCCUCCCAAAGGUGGACGUCUCGUCGCCGCCGCCGCCAGAAAACUCGUGAUUUUUCGCCCGUCCGAUUUUCCCUCCCCUUCGAGAAGUCCCUCCGGAGCACGUGAGAGGCUCCCUUGCCCCUCGGCCAUCACGUAGGACCUCCCCAGAAGGAGAGAACGCCACGUCGUCAUGGUUAUUGAGAGAAUGAGUUUGACUGUUGAGGCGUCGAAGCUUCUUGACUUUAACCAAAAACUUGAUAUACCAUUGUUAGACAAUGUCAUCGGUUGUAUGUACAAUGGAAUGGGAGAACAGCAAAGGAUAGCUCAAGAAGUAUUGACCACACUAAAAGAACACCCAGAUGCAUGGACACGUGUAGAAUGCAUACUAGAAUUUUCGCAGAACCAACAAACAAAAUAUUAUGCUCUUCAGAUUCUUGAACAAGUUAUCAAUUCAAGAUGGAAGGUGUUGCCACGGGACCAGUGUGAAGGUAUUAAGAAAUACAUUGUCAAUGUCAUCAUAAAGCUCUCUAGUACACCAGAAUCUUUGGAAAGAGAGAAGGUUUAUCUAAAUAAACUCAACAUGAUCCUAGUGCAGAUUUUGAAACGUGAGUGGCCUAAGAACUGGCAGUCAUUUAUUCCAGACAUUGUUGGGGCUAGUAAAACCAAUGAAUCCAUGUGCCAGAACAACAUGGUCAUAUUGAAAUUAUUGUCAGAGGAAGUGUUUGAUUUCUCCACUGGCCAAAUGACACAAACUAAAGCCAAACAUCUCAAGGACACUAUGUGUUCAGAAUUUCAGCAAGUGUUUCUUCUUUGUCUUUUUGUUAUGGAGAAUUCCCAGAAUCCAACUCUAGUUAGUGCAACUCUGGAAACCUUAUUGAGAUUUUUGAACUGGAUACCAUUAGGAUAUAUAUUUGAAACAAAAUUAAUAAGCACACUCAUAUAUAAGUUUUUGGGUCUGCCCCUUUUCCGCAAUGUAACUUUGAAAUGCUUGACGGAGAUAGCAGGAGUUGCAGUGCCCUCAUAUGAUGAAUCAUACAUCAUGAUGUUUUCGCAGACUAUUGCUCAGCUUCAAGAGAUGCUUCCUCUAAGUACCAACAUCAAAGAUGCAUAUGCCAAUGGUCAAGAUGCCGAGCAGCAGUUCAUCCAGAACCUAGCCUUAUUUUUGUGUACUUUUCUAAAAGAAAGAGGGUCUUUGGUUGAGAAGGAACAACUAAGUGAUUCUUUGCUCAAGGCAUUGCAGUACCUGAUUUUGAUAUCUGAAGUAGAAGACACUGAAAUAUUUAAAAUAUGCCUUGAAUAUUGGAAUGCACUGGCAUCAGAUCUGUACAGGGAAUCUCCGUUUCUUCCUCCCACUGGUUCUUCCCCAUUGUAUCUUCCAAGACCAAAUUCAAGAAGACAGUUUUACCAGCCUAUUCUCACAAAGGUCCGAGCAUUGAUGAUUGGGCGAAUGGCCAAGCCCGAGGAGGUGUUAGUUGUGGAAAAUGAGCAAGGAGAAGUCGUUAGAGAGUUUAUGCGUGACACAGAUUCUAUAAACAUGUACAAAAAUAUGAGAGAAACUUUGGUCUACCUCACCCAUUUGGACUAUGCAGACACUGAACGCAUCAUGACAGAGAAAUUAGCUAAUCAGGUUAAUGGCACAGAAUGGUCCUGGAGGAAUCUGAACACUUUAUGUUGGGCAGUUGGUUCUAUCAGUGGAGCAAUGCCAGAAGAGGAUGAGAAAAGAUUUUUGGUGAUAGUUAUCAAGGAUCUGUUGGGCUUAUGUGAACAGAAACGAGGAAAAGAUAACAAGGCAAUCAUUGCUUCAAAUAUUAUGUACAUAGUUGGGCAGUAUCCAAGGUUUCUAAGGAUUCACUGGCGUUUUCUGAAGACCGUCAUCAACAAGUUAUUUGAAUUUAUGCAUGAGACUCAUGAUGGUGUACAAGACAUGGCGUGUGACACAUUCAUCAAGAUUGCACAAAAAUGCAGAAGACAGUUUGUCCAGAUGCAAGUGGGUGAAGCUAUGCCGUUCAUAGAGGAAAUAUUGUCAUCAAUAAAUUCCAUCAUUUGUGAUCUGCAGCCGCAGCAGGUCCAUACAUUCUAUGAAGCGGUGGGCUUUAUGAUAAGUGCCCAGACAGACCAGUUAGUUCAAGAGCACCUCAUUGAGAAGUAUAUGAUGUUGCCUAAUCAAGUAUGGGAUGAAAUAAUCAACCAGGCAUCCAGGAAUGUUGACAUUUUGAAGGAUCCUGAUGUCGUGAAGCAAUUGGCAAACAUUUUGAAAACCAACGUCCGUGCAUGUAAAGCCCUUGGUCAUCCUUUUGUAACCCAGCUUGGCCGAAUAUACUUGGAUAUGCUGAAUGUGUACAAAGUCAUGAGUGAGAAUAUCAGUGCAGCUAUUGCUCUAAACGGAGAAAGCGUCACGAAACAGCCCCUUAUCAAGAGUAUGCGUGUUGUUAAAAAGGAAACAUUGAAGCUUAUAUCAGGAUGGGUUUCAAGAUCAGACGACCAUACAUUGGUGUUAGAAAACUUCAUUCCUCCAUUGCUGGAAGCUGUUCUUCUGGAUUACCAGAGAACUGGAGUUCCUUCUGCACGUGAACCAGAAGUGUUGUCCACAAUGGCAACAAUUGUCAAUAAAUUGGAGUCCCACAUAACCCAGCAGGUUCCAAAAAUAUUUGAUGCAGUGUUUGAGUGUACUUUGUCAAUGAUAAACAAGGACUUCGAAGAAUUCCCAGAGCAUAGAACAAAUUUCUUUUUGCUUUUGCAGGCUGUUAAUACCCACUGCUUUACUGCACUCCUUAGUAUUCCCCCUGCUCAGUUCAAGCUCGUUUUAGAUUCCAUCAUUUGGGCGUUUAAGCAUACAAUGAGAAAUGUUGCUGACACUGGACUUCAGAUAUUGUAUCAGUUGCUGCAGAAUAUUUCCAGUCAUGAACAAGCAGCUAGCAGUUUUUAUCAGACCUAUUACACAGACAUUCUUCAACACAUCUUUUCAGUCGUUACAGAUUCCUCUCAUACUGCAGGUUUGACCAUGCACGCUUCCAUCUUGGCAUAUAUGUUCACAUUGGUAGAACAGAACCGAAUCACAAUUAGCCUGGACCAAGCCAACCCCACUGCGCCAAGUACAAAUAAUGUCACUUAUGUUCAGGGCUUUGUGGCUAACCUCUUGAAAGCAGCGUUUCCUCAUUUAACAGAAAAUCAAAUCAAGAUUACAGUUCAAGGCAUGAAUGAUCUCAACCAGGACAUCCCAGCAUUCAAGGAGCAUCUAAGAGAUUUCUUAGUUCAGAUAAGGGAGGUAACUGGUGAUGAUGAUAGCGACCUUUUCCUUGACGAAAGAGAAGCAGCCCUCAGACAAGCACAGGAAGAGAAGAGGCGUGUACAGAUGAGCGUACCAGGCAUCUUAAAUCCACACGAGUUGCCUGAGGAAAUGCAAGACUAGAGAGUUUGUAUUCCUCAUUACCGAAGUAAUAGAGAAUUACAAUUCAGCCUUGUGCUUAGGUUUAGGCCGAGCAUAUUUGGCUGGAUUUAAAGCUAAUUCCAGGCUUUGUGUUACCUGUAUGUGAACCGACUGAGAAGUACAUUUUUUGGUAAAGUUCAUUCAGGUAUUUUAUAAAGCUUGGGUUGUAAAAGCUUAACAAACAGAGUAUGUCUGCCAUACUAGUUUAUUGUUCUUGUAGGACACAGCUCAUGUUAUGGGAUUUGUUGCUAGCAGUAUGACCUAAAUUUCUUUAUUUUUUGAGAAGUUUGGUCCAAGUAUGAAAAACUUUGUGUGAUCACAAACCAUGUCACAUUGAUCUUCUUCCUUGAAUGACUUUACUUUCAGUUUGUUGAUGUGUACAUAGAAGUCAUGUCUCAUAUCACUGGUAAAAACACAACAGAUUCAGUUUCACAUUUUUCUUCAUAAAUUUUAAUUUGUCCGUUGUUUUUGAAGUAAAGUUCUUUGGUGAUGUAUUUUUAUUCCUGUAAGUUGAUGAGCCUUAUAACUAAGCUUGGCGGUGAAAAAUUAGGCAUUGACUUUAUUUUUUGUUAGUUGAUAAGAUUGACGACUAAGCAUCAAGGGCAUGCUUGUCUUAUUUACUAUAUUAGAGCAUAGUACUUAGUGCACUUAUUUGAAUGAAUGGUUUUUUCGCUUGUAAUUUAUUGGAAAGCAAGGAAAAAGUAAGGAAUGAUGAAUUGGAUUUAAAUAUUUAUUUUUUAUAAUUUGAAUAUUGUAAUGGAACUUUUUAAGGGUCUGUCAACAAUAUAUUCAUGGCCCACUGCCAAAAAGUAAGUGAUAAUAAAUAUUUUUUAUCAAUACGGUCGUUUCUUAAAGAACAGGAUAUGGAAAUGGUCACAACAUUGGGUUUUAGUCAUUUAUAUCAAAAGAUAAAGAACGUGAUUGGUGCAAGAUAAGUAGAAAAACUUACAAAUAACCAUAUCAGGUAGUCAUUUUUUAGAUUCAAAGGCUAGUUGAAUCGUUAUCUGUUUAACAUGAAAGGUGGAGAUUGUUGCAAGACCAGUUUAAAAAGGUUGACAGCUAGACGGGAAGAAAAAGUAAACUGUUGAAAAUUAAAGGCAGAAAGUGAAGGCCUUAACAAAAAGGCUUAUGUCAUGGACAGAAAUUUUAUAUGCUAUAUGUAUAAUAAAAUUUGGGUGAAAAGUUGUGACAGUCUCAUAUGUGCUGCAUACAUUAAAAAAUAAAGUAAAAUUGAUAUUCUUGUAUUGUAAAGAACAAAAUUUACUUCACAUACAUUUCCUUGUGCAUGUAGGAUAUAUUAAUUACAAGGAGUAUAUAAAUAUUUAAUGUUUUUAUCAUGAAGAUAAGUUCUUGUAUGUUUUUAUCAUGAAGAUAAUAAGUUUUUGUUGCAGUAUUUCCCUAUUGUCCAUUAAUGUUAGUUAACCUGUUCAUAGUAGUAUGCUUGAUGCCAGAAGGACAUCAGCUGUAAACUGGAGAUUAUUGUGGUACUGUCUAUCUUUGAAAUCUGCAGAACAUUUCUUACAUUUAUCAGAGAGCUUGUUUUAAUUUUCAUAUUUAUUGUGCAGUCACAAACUUGCGAUUUUAGACAAGUGAUUAACACCAGCCAGAUUCAGUCAUACAAAACCACCUGCUAAGCAUAAGUUGCAGUCACCAUGGGUUUGGAUGAAAGCAUCAAUGGUAGUUACUCGUUCUUCUACGUGUACUGACCAGAUGAGUGUUAUUAAAGUCCACUGCAUGCUAGUGUGCUUUGGCAGCCUCCAACAUAGUCCACUGGGGAACUACAACUGGUUUGUUAUCUAGUCUCUUGCUCACUUAAUUAUUGCAGUUCAUCAGUGACACUGUUUUCUGAUUUGAUUCACUUGAAAAAUCAGCUAUCAGUUCCUUCCUCUUCUAUUAUAUUUGGAGCCCUUACUCAGCCCUGCCAUCUGUAACGCUAAAUCCACUUUUUCAUUCCAUGUUCAGAUGACUUAUUCCAUCUAGUUCCUGUUUUUAUAAUCAAGGAAUUAGAAAAAAAAAUGUCUGACCAUAGCAAAAUGGCUGAAGGUAUAACUUGACCUACCCAGUCGUACCUCAUCAGAAACUGCUGACAGUAUUGAAGUAUAAAUGUAAUUAUUUAUGAUUAUGAGGUCCACUAUAAAAUGUCUUAUUAUCCUGACCCACAAAACUUUAUGUAUUGUCAUGGUUGAUCUUGAGAACUGGGAUAUCUAGUGGUACACCCCAGUUAUAUCUAGUCUUUAUUCUGUGAAAGUGUCAUUGGUGAUGAAAUGAUAAGAUCAAAAAUCAGAUUGAGAACUAUUUAUUCUGCUGACAAUACUCUUUCCCAUUUGGAUUUUUCAUGUACACUGUUUAAAGAUUAGGAAAACUUGAGCAAGCUUUAAGAAUGUGCUGAUUUACAAGUAGUAAAGUGCCCUUGAGAAGUAAACUGGAUGUCUGUUGUGUUUAGUCUAUGUGGCUGAGAUUAUUUUAACUUAUUAACUUUCAGUCUGAUCUUGCACAAUUGCUGAAAGAACUUCUUAAAAUGUCUCAUUUCUGUUUCUGUUCUUAAAAUAUUUUUUUGAUCUCCCAAAAUUCAGUAGUUCAGAACAUAAAGGAACUUCAUUUUCCUCAACAAUAUUAGUGACUUAUUUCUGAAGGAGUGACUUCCCAAAUUUUGUGACCGAAGUUUGUGAUAUUGGAUGAAAGUUGUAUGUAUUUCUGUCUGUAGUAAACAUUUGAAUUUGUUUAGUUGUGACUGCUAAAAGUGAGCUGCCAAUCUGAGAGAUUUAGCAAGCAACAAGGGCUGAACUGUGAAGUUCUCACAAUAUCCAUAACAUAGUUCCUAUUUUAAUGUGUUUUUCAAGUAUUAAAUGCUCAUAACGGUCAAACCUUGAGUAAUCCUGAAAAAAUUAAAAUGCUUGGUACCACAUUUUCAGUAUGGUAGAAAAAUCUAACUGUAUUUAGUCAUGGUAUCUUGUUUGGGAUUUUUAAUGUACCAACAUACACAUUAUUUACAUUUUUGGAAGUACUACAUACCAAAUUUUUUUUAGUCAUUUAUGUGCUUUUGUGAUCUACAUUCGAUAUUCAUGAUACUGGUAAUAGAUGGAAAUGCAUUUGUGCAUACAUAAUCUUUAGUGUAAAUUUAGCCUUUUGUCAGUUCCCCAAAGUAUAUGAAUAAAGUGCUGUGGUACAAAGCAUAGUUGACAAAUUCCUAAUUUUUCCCUUGUCAAUUAUUUUUACCUUAUCUCAAUAGUAUCAUCUAGUCAGCAUAAAGUACCAAGGCCUAGCUCUAGAGUGAAGUGCCCCGUUAUUAGUGUUGAUAUUGGAGCCACAAUGUCUGAAAUAUCAGUAGGAGCUUGUUUACAAUCCUUGUUAUUUGGCAAACCUCUCCAUUGUGAAACUCUCAUGUGUGUAAUUUAUUUUGAGACAGUUUACCCCUUGAAUGUACGUUUAGUAGAAAAGUCCUCGUGUGAGGUCGUCUUUGUUGAGUUUUUGUAGUAUUUAACUUUGUGGGGCCAUGCUGCCAUAGUCAAAUCCAAUUUAUUUGUAAGGAAACUUCCAUGGUCUCUUCUCGUUCAUUACGCUUAUGUUCUUUGUAGGCUUUUUUUCAAUUGUUAGCAAAUUGUAUAUGUGCAAAUAGAUACACUCACACUGUAGACACAUACAGCAGAUGCAGAGAUAUGAAUACACGUGAGGUUAACUCGUUUAUGUGGGAUAGUCGUCAUGAUUUUUUGAAAUUCAUAACCCUUUAUUUCCACCCCAGAAGCUACGUAUUGGUUUUGUAGAUCGGCUUGCCCUGUUUAUUUUUAUAUCUUCAUAUUAUAAUGUCUUUGUAUUGGAGGGGAUUGUAAGAAUUGGGCAAGGUUUCUGUUUAACUCUUAAAAGGUAUUAAAAAAAAACAAAAAAACAACGAAAAAAAAAAUCCUCCCUCCCUCUCUCUCCCUCCAUAAAAAAGGGACUUUGGAGAUGAUAAUCAGUGUUAUGUUGUGUCCUUGAGAUGUGUUAACUAAACCACCAAUAUCUCUCUCUCUCUCUCUCUCUCUCUCUCUCUCUCUCUCUCUCUCUCUCUCUCUCUUUCGUUAGAUUUUAUUGGAGGAAGCUUUGCUCCACAAAUAAUUAAUGCAGGGUUUUGUUGACAAUGUCAGAUGUAAACACUGCAUGUAAGUGUGUAUAUAAUAUGACACAGACAGGAAGGGCACAUGGGAACAGCAGAAAUUACUUUACAUUGUACUUUGAACCUUUUCCUUUGUACUUUGAAAUUUUUUCUUUUUUCCAAAUUGUCAACAUGAACAUUAAUGUAGGUAAAUGAACAUUAAUGCAGUUAAAGAAAGGAGCAUUAUAGAUUUUUUCUUAAGUUACAAGGUAAGAGCGUUAAACUGCAAAGCUUACUGCUUUAGUUGUCUUUCUCUGAUGUCAGCCAAUUGUAAUAAGUAUGUUGGAAAAAAGGUGUAAUCUGAAAUGCCAAUGUUGUAAGUACUGUAUGUAUGUGCACAUACACACACAUGCACGUAAACGUGACAUUAUAAUACGUAAACACAUGGCCUUGUGUAUGUGUAUGUAUAUAUUGUAUGUAUGCCACAAGCACUAACACUUUAAAAUAUAUUCAGUAUUUAGCAGGUUAGGAGAGGGCCAAGAUUAAAUAAGAGGCAUUUUAUAGCUUAGAAUAUGUAUGUUACAUUUUUAUCAGUGCUAAUUAAGCUUCAUCUCAGGUGUCUCUCUCUCUCUGCCUUUUUUUUAAAUUUUUUUUUUAUUUCAAAUCUCUCCAGUUUCAUUUACCAGAUGUGCAUAUUAUGGCCUCAAUAAUUGAAUAGAAUAUUUGGACUGGUGGAAGACAUCAGCAGCCAUGUGAUUUAGCUCUCAAGUUGAGAGUAUCAUGUAAGGAUUAUGUGUAACUGUGAAAGCAAGUCUUGAAUGAUGAAGUGAGUAUAGAUGGUGACUGCCUCUACAGAAUUGUACCUAGUGGUAGUGGAUGUAGAUUUUGCACGCAUUUUGAGGCGUUUGAUACGUACUCCUCAAAAGUUAUUGUGAAAAAGUGACUCGUGAAUUCACGACCAGCAGUGUAGCAAGAGUGGUUUGGAGGAUUGCUGCAUGUAAUGUUGCAAUGCAUUUGAACCAUUGCCAAUUUCAAUAGUUGUAUUUGAUAGAAAGGACUUAAUGUCCUCCAUCUUUAGUAAGUGUGCGUGUUAUCUUUACUUGAGAAACCAAAUAUCUUCUGUCCCUGUUUUAAGAGGUGGAAGUCGGUUUUGGCAAAAAAUUUUGAUAUUCAGCUAUUUGUGCAAAUCUUAGUAAAAUAAAUGAUAUUUUACAAGA